AUGGCACAGGCUACCAUACCCGGGUCUCUUGCAAUCGAAGCAUUUGACUCGGCGAAUACGACGUGGAAAAGAUGGCUGCAACGCCUUCAAGGAGCCUUUAUGAUUUUCGGAAUCAAGGACCAGGCUAGGGUCCCGUAUUUGCUGCAUUACGUGGGGCCCACGGCAUUUGACAUGCUAAGUGAUCGACUUGAUCCGGUCGAUCCUUUCACUGGUCGAUACGACGACUUAGUGAGAUGUCUACAAGAAUAUUACGCGCCGGCGCCGCUGGAAAUCGCAGAGAAUUUUACUUUCCACCAGCGGAAACAGCAAGAGGAUGAGUCUGUACAACAAUACGUUGCCGCAUUACGGAAACUUAGCAUACAUUGUAAGUUCGGCAACUACCUUAACACUGCACUACGGAAUCAACUGGUUUUUGGACUGCGCAAUAAAAAGGCUCAGAGUCGGCUGCUAGAAAAGACGGACCUGGACUUCGAUGAGGCUGUCAGGACUGCGGUUACAAUGGAACUCUCCGACAAGAGCUCAGCGCAGAUGAAGGAAACGAGUGCGGAGGCGGCCGGCGUGGCGUAUCUCAAGGCAGGGAAGAAACCUCCAAGAAAAAUGCAGGUGAUAAACGGCCGAAGCAGGAGGUCACGAGAUUCGAAAAUUCGAGACAGGUGCGGUAAAGGUCAUUUGGCAAAUAAAUGUAAUAUAGACAGGAGCGUACGUUGUCAUAGCUGUGGGAAACUGGGGCACUUACGUGUGGUCUGCUUCAAGAAUACGUCCUCCACUAACAAUUUAGAGGAAAUGCUCAGUUUGGAGCAUGCGAACUAUCGCGACAAAUUUCUGUUGUCAAUGGAGAUUGAAGGAAAAAAAGUCGAGUUCGAGUUAGACAGUGGAGCGGCGGUUACAGUAAUGAGCGGAGUCAGAAAGCCAUUAUUAGGACGCGAAUGGAUUAGGCAAUUUAAUGGGCACGUUUUUCUAGCCUGUAAUGCUCAAGUAAAUACAGUAACAGUAGACGCAAAAAGUAAGCUACAAGCAAUAUUAGAGAAGUAUCGAAAUAUUCGCUCUUCAGAAUUUGCUUCAAUUAAGGACAUACAAGUACACUUAAAGCUAAAAAAAGACGCGUCCCCGAUUUUCGUGCGAGCUCGACCAGUUCCCUUUAAAUUACAAAUGUUGGUUGAAAAAGAGCUAGACACAUUAGAACAAGCGGGUAUUAUUGAGAAAGUAGAGUCAUCUAAGUGGGCUACGCCCAUCGUGCCAAUUUUGAAAAAGGAUGGAAAAAUUCGUAUUUGCGGUGACUACAAAGCUACGCUAAAUCGGCAUUUAAUAGUUGAUGAGUACCCUUUUCCUGCAGUAGACGAGCUAUUUAUGAAACUUGCCAAUGGAAAAAAAUUUUCAAAAAUCGACUUGAAACAAGCGUACUUACAACUAGAAAUAGCACCCGAGGAUCGCGAGUUGCUAACGAUCAGUACAAGUAAGGGACUUUACAAAGUAAAUCGUAUGAUGUACGGAAUUGCGCCCGGUCCGACAAUAUGGCAACGCAAAAUAGAAAACAUUUUACAAGGAAUACCGGGCGUGGCAAUUUUCUUCGAUGAUAUUGUAAUUACGGGCAGUACAGAUACGGAGCAUUUAACACGACUUGAGGAAGUAUUAAGUAGAUUACACAAGUUCAAUGUUCGAAUAAAUUUAGAGAAAUCGAAAUUCUUUUUAGAUAAAGUUGAUUAUUGCGGUUACGUAGUCGAUAGGGUAGGUGUUCAUAAGGAUAAUCGAAAAAUCGAAGCAAUACAGAAUAUGCCACGACCUAAAGAUGUAUCAGAAAUACGGGCUUUUACAGGCAUGAUAAAUUAUUACGGUAGAUUUAUACAAAAUUUAAGUUCUAUUUUACAUCCUUUAAAUAAAUUAUUGCAAAAAGAGGUACGUUUUGUAUGGUCUAAAGAAUGCGAAACGGCAUUCAACAAGGCUAAAGCGGCGUUUACAAGUAAACAAAUGCUGGUUCAUUUUAACCCGAAAUUACCGUUGGUUUUAGCAACCGACGCGAGCUCGUACGGAGUCGGAGCCGUGUUGUCACACCGAUAUCCUGAUGGAUCUGAGAAGGUUAUUCAAUUCGCGUCACAAACAUUUUCAAAAGUACAAUCAAAAUACUCCCAAAUCGACAAGGAGGCAUUUGCAAUUAUUUUUGGUGUUAAAAAGUUUGUUCAAUUUCUAUACGGAAACAAGUUCACGUUAAUAACAGACCAUAGACCGCUUGUACAAAUUUUCUCGCCUUCUCAGAGUCUGCCUAUAUAUUCAGCGAUGCGUAUGCAACACUAUGCUAUUUUUCUACAAGGAUAUAAUUACGAAAUUGAGUACCGAAAAUCUGAGAGGCAUGCGAAUGCGGAUUGCUUAUCCAGACUUCCCGUGGACGCGCCACAAACGGUAGCGGAUACGGUAGAUGCGUAUCAAUUGGAAGUAAUCGAAACCUUACCUGUAACGGCGAGUAGAAUAGAGAUAGAAACACGAAAGGAUAAAACAAUAAGAGAAUUACUAGAAGCAUUACAGACCGGGAAAGUAAAACACAAAUCAAAGCGUUUUAAUAUCGAGCAAAACGAGUUUAGUUUACAAAACAAUGUAAUUAUGCGUAGAUCGCGUGUCUACAUUCCAAAAACGUUACAAGCUGAAGUAUUAAAAGAAUUGCAUUUAGGACACUUUGGAGUAGUAAAAAUGAAAGGGUUGGCUCGUAGCCAUUGUUGGUGGCCAGCCAUUGAUAAAGACAUAGAAAAUUUGGUGGAAGUACAUUUAUGGGAAGCGCCAUCAGCGCCAAUGCAACGCGUACAUGUUGAUUUUGCGGGGCCAUUUUUAGGAAAAAUGUUCUUGCUCAUGGUCGACGCUUUUUCAAAAUGGCCCGAGGUACAUAUAGUCCAAGACAUUACUGCAAAAACGACAAUUGCAAAGUGUCGAGGAAUGUUUGCAGCAUACGGAUUACCAAAAGUAAUAGUAACCGAUAACGGUAGAACUUUUGUUUCUUCGGAAUUUCAAAGAUUUUUACAAAUCAAUGGAAUUGAACAUAAACGUACUUCACCCUUUAAUCCUGCAACAAACGGUCAGUCUCGGGAACCGGUACGCUCGAACAGUCCUGUAACGCUAGACACGGAGAAUCCUCCGGAGGUGCUAGAAAAUGUUGCGCCAGUUUCCUCACAGACCAACCAAGAUGUUAAUAGGGAAACUAUAUUAGAAACUCAGCGUCGCUCUGCUAGAACUAAGAGACGCCCAGACUUCUUUUCCGAGCGUACAGAGAAGUAG